AUGAUCCUUACGUCUCUGCGCUCCCGUAUGAGCGAGGCUGCCGACGCUGCCAUGAUUGAGGCUGCCGACGCCGACGGGCGGCUGCGCGACGACCCGCUGACGGACCGCCCCGUGGACGCGGCAGCGGCGGCAGAGCGAGAGAGAUCGGCGAAGGCGGCCAAGCUUGCUGCGCAGACCGCCAACGCGAUGGUCGCCGUGCAGGGGCAGCUCAAGUUGCGGGGACAGGCAGCGGACAAGGCCGCGCACGACGCCAACGCGGAGGCGGGAGCGCCGGUGAAAGCGUCGUCUAUGAUGGUCAAUACCAAACAACUCUAA